CAAAUCAAGUAUUUCCGAGCAUUUCUUGCACAAGAGAAGAAAAUAUUUUUGGGGAAAUCAAGAAUGGCAUCGGGUGACAGCGUUGUUGAAAUUGAUGGCAGUGCACUUGAAGGGGGAGGUCAGAUUCUUCGAAAUGCAGUUGCCUUCUGCUGUAUGUUGCAAAAAAAUGUAAAAGUAACAAAGAUAAGGGCAGGGAGAAGUAGUCCUGGACUCAGACCCCAACACAUGACUGGUAUCCAGUUGGUAUGUGACAUCUGCCAUGGGCGUUUGUAGGGAGCAACGGUUGGAUCUACGGAAAUUGAAUUCCGCCCAGGCCCUGUACGCGGGGGCGACUACCUUGCUGACACCCAUACUGCUGGGAGUAUAUGUCUGCUGAUGCAGGCGGCAAUGCCAUGUUUCCUGAUGGGUAACAGUCCGGGGACAAUGGCCCUGAGGGGAGGAACUGAUGCUGACAUGGCCCCACCCUUAGAUCACACACUAAUGUCUUUCAAACCAGUUGCUGAGAAGUUUGGCCUGAAGUUUGACUGCCAGAUUGGAAGAAGAGGGUACUACCCAAAAGGCGGGGGAGAGGUGUUUGUGAAGGUCUACCCGGUGAAGCAGGUGUCCAGUGUUGUGAUGAUGGAUCCUGGGAACAUAACGCGUGUGUACGGGCGGGCGUUUGUCGCCGGAGUGCUGCCUGUCAGAAUUUGCCAUGAGAUGGUGGAGAAUUGUGAGAGAGCUAUCAGACAGGACUUUUGCGACGUCCCUGUGAAGAUAGAAGUGGUCAAAGAAAAGAAUGCUAUAGGAAAUGCAUGUGGCAUGAUAGUAUGUGCUGAAACUGAUACCGGUUGUACAUUUGGCUCAUCUAUCCUAGGAAAGAAAGGUAAACCGGCCCAUGCAGUAGGAAAAGAAGCUGGGGAGGGCCUGUUGAACCAGCUCUGUCAUGGCGGAUGUGUCGAUGAUUUUGUACAGGAUCAGAUAAUAAUCUACAUGGCCCUAGCUAAAGGGAAGUCUUGCGUACGCUGUGGGCCUCUCACACUCCACACAGAGACGGCCAUCCAUAUAGCCACACAACUGACAGAGGCCAAAUUUACUGUCCACAAAAUCUCCGCGUCACAGACGGUUAUAGAAUGUGAAGGAAUAGGUCUGCAAAACCCCAACCUCUAGACUAUAUGACGAAAUUAGUGCAAUAGUGAUGAGUUGUUAAUCCAUUUAUUGUUGGUUUACAUUUACUUGUUUACUUCUGAUUUUUUGAAAAAUAAAGGAUGUUUUCGAUGACAA